AUGGCGUCCCAAACAAUCUUUUUUAUUUUAUUGUUCACCAUACAAUUGGCAGUAAAUGGAGAUUUUGUUGGAAAAAAAAAUGGAGCAGAAAAUGAUCAUGUGGUGGGAAUAAAAACUAUAAAUAAAGUAAAAAUCGAUAAAGAUACCGUCAUUACGAGAAACUUGAAGUUGGAGAAUCGCAGAAAUGGUACGGGGCCGAACCUCCUACGAGGCAAUAACCGUGAGCCAGACUGGUCUUAUCACUCUAUACCAGAUGGAAUGUCGACACACGUCCUAGAUUUCAAACGCAACAUGACGGAAUGUUUGAAGGAAGUACAGAACAACGAUAAGAGGCCGAUCAAACGACUUUCUCCGAAGCAAGAAUCGCCGAUUCAUGGGGAGUGUCUGAUUGCUUGUGUACUCAAAAAGAACGGUGUAAUUCAAAACGGGAAAGUCAAUAAAGAUAAUCUCAUGGCAUUAGUGAGCAAAUUCCAUGCAAAAGAAACGAAAUUGAUGAAGAAAUUGGAGAAGAAUUUGGAUCGAUGCAUUAAUAUAAGUGUUAAGAAUCACGACGAAUGCUCUCUGGCAUCCCAGCUUAACGACUGUACCAAUGAUAUAAUGGCAUCCAGCAAACAAAAGAUUUUAUUCAAUUAUUAAAUAAUUAAAAAAACAACGAUUUUUAUGCUAACAA